GCCUAACUAAGUAAGUAUCUGCUCGACCAAACUUCUGAACGAUCGUCAAAACUCCGCCCCAAUGAAUAUCUCAAAAAAGGCACGGCAUAUUGGACUACUUCGUACCUGCCUUGAUUAUGUUCAUCAUUAUGCUUAUCGUCACCCAAACCAGGAUAUGGGUGGCUUAGUUUGGAUGAGCCAAGUGAAGUCAGCAGAGGUCUGUGCGCCUCGAUCAUGCUGGCUCCACAAUUAACACCAGCCACAUCUUCAAGGAGCUGUUGAUGUGGCACAUGGGCCAAACAUGACAGCCACCAGAACCUCAAUUCCGGUGCAACGACACGAUCGCAACGGCGCCCCGAGCUCCACGACAUGAAAUGAUGAUUUAUGACUAGACUAAGUAUAUCUCGCAGUUACAAAACGACAGUAUGGAUGACCUCACGGGGCUCGAUUGGUCAUCCUCGAACGCCCAAAAACCGAAUAAGCCACCUCUCAUGAGCUCCUCGAACGCCUUCUAUCCUUCGCUGCGCCCAACACCCUCCCCCCUCAACUCGGGUCGAAAUACCCCAUUGUCAACCCAAGGCUCUGGAAACGUCGCUAUCAAGCCACCGGCCCAGAAACCGGCUCAAGACAGCUUCAGCAACCUGGUCAACUUUGGCAGUUCCAAGAGCAACGCGAACUUGAGCUUGCGGGAGCAACAAGAACGUCUGGAGGCCGAAAAGCGCAGAAAGGAAGAGGAGAAGCGGAAAGAAGCAAACGCGCAUUACGGCGAUGGGAGGUUUUGGGAUACACUUGGCCAGCGGCAGACGGGCAGUCCGCAGCCGGCGUCUAACUCCAUAACGCCCCCUGCAGCCCAGGAUGGGAAAUCCGCCGAUCCCGACGAUGAUUUAUUUGCUGCAUUCAACGCGAACACGAAGGUGGACAACUCAAGCUAUUAUCCACCUCCGUCGGCGCCGAGAAAGGUCUCUCCUGCAGGCGGUACUCCUUCGCUGGAUCUCAGUAAUCCGCACGCAUGGAAUAAACCUGCCACGCCAAACAACGGGGGCUUUGGCGACGACGACGACCCGUUUGGACUCAGUCAGCUGAAGCAUAAUACGAGCGCAUCUGAAGCAAUUAUCCGCGAUGAAGAGGAUGACUUUCUCGGAGAUCUGGGGAAGCCGGUGGAGGAGGUCAGGAAGCAGCGGCCUCCACCUGCGACUGCGCGAGAGCCGGAGCCUGGGAAGGCCAUCGAACAUUCGUCCUCGGAUUCUGACGAGGAUGACCAGCCAACAAGGUCGGAGGAUCCCUUUGACCGGGCUGUGGCUCAACUCGUAGAUUACGGAUUUACCCCUGAAAAUGCCAGAAGAGGCCUGACGGAGAGCGGAGCGGGGCUAAAUGUCCAAGCUGCUGCAAACUGGCUCCUCGACGACGCCCACAGGCAAGCGAAAGAAAAAGCCUGGGCAAAGAAGGGCCCCGUACCAUCAGAGCCCAGCGAUGUGCGAACUUCGAGCCGGUCUAGAGCCCCUAGGCCCGAUGUUCCGAGCCCAGGAGACAGGCGGUCGCCUGCCCUUGACGACAACGAUUUCACAAAGACGGCAGCUGUCGUUGGGAGUAAUCUUCUCAAAACUGCGAACUCUUUAUGGAAGACGGGCCAGAAGAAGGUCCAGCAGGCUGUAGCUGACUUUCAACAAGAGGGUGAUCCUAGCCAGCCAAAGUGGAUGAGAUCGACGCAACCGGACGGGGCGGCAGUGAGAGGAGACGGACGCCCGGAUGCUACAGAUGAAGCAAUGAUGCUCGAGGCAGGAAUGCGGCCAGGAAGAGGUCCGGUAAGGCCCAACGUGGGAGGUCGACCAGCAAGCGGCGCUUCAUCCCGUGAUCAGUCGCCAUCUGUGUUGGGCAUGCCGGCGAGCCGGGCAAAUGCUGUUCCCAAGUGGCAACAGUCCCACAGCCCGUCUCUCCUCGACCCGCGAUCUCGCCUCCACAAGCAAGCUGUCGAGGAAGAGAGUUCGCAGGUAUACGUUAGCCCGGCGCGGAGAAAGAAGGCAUCUCCUCAGCCGUCUCGAGAAGCUUCGCGGCCAGCAGAACCCGAGGCAGACUUGCUAUUCAGCUCCACUGCACCAUCAAAACCCGCGCCUCCGCAAGCCCGUCCUACACCUCUACCUCGACAGGCCUCAACCCCCGGACCAGCGCCCCGCCCAACUCCCCGCCCAACCCCCCCUGCUCGCCAAAUACCCAGUAUAUCCUCCACCGCAUUGGACAACUCAACCCGAUACCGGCUCGACGGCACGGCCCACUUCAAAAGAGGCGAUUACGCGGCCGCCCAUGCUUCCUACACAUCCUCGCUCGCAGCUGUUCCCCAGACCCACCCGCUUGCGAUUCUUCUCCUGUGCAACCGCGCACUCACGGCACUGAAGACGGGCGAGCCCCGUCAAGCCGUUGCGGACGCCGACACGGCGCUGGGGCUGAUAGGAGAAGGCAAAGGGGAAGGCGAAGCCGUGGAGCUCGGCGGCGCCGACAGGGAGAAGCGCGACAUGCACGACCUCUACGGCAAGGCCUUGACACGCAAGGCCGAAGCCCUGGAGCAGAUGGAGAAGUGGGCCGACGCCGGGACCGUGUGGCAGCUGUGCGUCGAGUCCGGAGUAGGGGGCCCGACCGCGAUCGCUGGCCGGCAGCGAUGCCAGAAGGUGCUUGCCCCGAAGCCCGCAGUCAAGGCCAAGCUGUCGCCAAGACCGAGCGCCGCUGCUUCGAGACCGCGGCCUCGACCGGCGGCACCAACCCAUAAGAGCUCCGACGCCGUCGACCGACUCCGGGCCGCGAACCAGGCUGCCGAGAGGGAAGGCGAUGAGAAGUUUGCCCUUACUGACAAGGUCGAUGCCCGGAUUGCCGCCUGGCGAGACGGUAAGCGGGACAACCUCCGUGCUCUGCUGGGCAGUCUGGACAACGUCUUGUGGGAGACAAGCGGGUGGAAGAAGGUCGGGCUUCAUGAACUGGUCAUGGCGAACAAGGUCAAGAUCGUGUACAUGAAGGCCAUUGCCAAGACCCACCCAGACAAGCUUCCUCAAGACGCCAACACAGAGGUCCGCAUGAUUGCAGGAACUGUUUUCGCCACGCUGAACGAGGCAUGGGAUAAAUUCAAGGCGGAGAACGGGCUGUAGACUAGGGAUGGUUGAUGGUUCGUCUGUUUAGGUAGAUAGGUAGAUAGAUAGAAACCUUGGUCAACAUACAGGGGAGUCUCGAGAUCUGAAUCUGAACAAUGCAAAGGCAGCCGGCAAGUCUUGGGCUAUCCUCAAACACCAUCUCAGCACCUCGUCACCUGUCAUGGAACGAGAUCACUGCGGGUCGCAGAGUGUUGAACGUUGAUGGCCGGAAC